CGAAAAGGACUAAAGAUGGCGGCGCCGUACUUAAAACGUUACGUUUAUUGACAAAAAAUAACAGAAGAGCGUCACCAAACGUCAGUUUACCCUCCGGCGAUUGUUCGAAAUGGCCGGCGGUAAAAGAUGUAAGAGAAGGAGGAAAGAUUUACAUAUAUUAGUCGAAAAAUUGAUGUCGAUGCUACGAGAUUCCGCCGACGGAAUAUUGAAUCUAGAAACGAUAGCCAAAAGCAUGCAUCCUAUUGAAUCGAAUAGGAUAAUCGACGUUAUCAGCAUACUCCAAGGAGCUGGAUUAAUUAAGAAAUUUGGAACUUGUAUCCAAUGGAAUGGCACCGUACCAGAAUCUGAUGCGGAGGAAGUGACAAACCGUAUAACAUCAUUAAAAGGAGAGUUAGAUGUGUUAGAUAAGAAAGAAGAGGAAAUAGAUUUGCACUAUUCUCUUCUGCAACAGAGUUUCAGCAACACUACGAACGAACUGUUAAAUAAUCAUUUAGCUUACGUUAGUCACGAAGAUAUUUGUACAUCGUUUCUCGGUGAGACGUUAUUCCUCAUUCACACACCUUCCACUUUGCAGCUAGCAGUUCCCGGAAAGGUCAAUGAUUCAUCAAAUCAAUUUUUGUUACAUCUGAAGUCUUCUUUGGAUCCUAUUAAUAUUUUGUUGCUGAAUAAAGAAAAUGUCUUGUCUUCUCCUGUUGUGAUAAAAAUUCCUCCUCAAGAGUUAGUGACGAAACAGCACCACGAGGACGACAAAAGUGAAGAGAUGCCAGACAAAUCCGAUAUAAGUUAUCCAGCCUUUUUUAAAUCUAAAACUAACACGUCGGUCGUUCGUAUUUACAGUAGACAAGCGCAGCUUCAAUUGUGUAACAAUUCUCUCUCAAAAUGCAACUCAGAGGUGAAGGAAACAUAUUCCCAUAAAUUAGUCUGCAAAGAGGCAAAUAAUCAAAUGUCUCCAGGAUUACAAAUAAUGAAUUCUAAAGAUUCUACUAAAAAUAAUGAAAUAUCUAAAGUUUCAGAUGUUGACAAUCGGAGCGCACUUAGCAAUGUCGAAAAGUUGCGGAAGUGUCGAGUUGUAACCAGGAGGAUAAACAUCACGCCGGAUAUUGAUCAAUCUAAUGAAAAUAAUAACAAGACAGACACAAGAAAGAAUUCUGUGGAUGUCUGCAAGAAAUCUUCAGACUGUAUUACUCCAGAAACAAAUCAUUCUUACCGACAAACCAAACAAUUUUCAUUACCUCACCCCAAUAAAAAUAGCUCCCAUAUCUUACGGAGAAGCCCCAGAACUCGCACUUCAGACGAUGAAUUAAGACUCGAAUCAGAAACGUGUUUAUCUAACUCUAAAGAUUAUAGUAGAAACAGUAUUCUUAGAAGACAACGUUUCUCUCAACAGUCGCCGAAUUCGGUUCUAAUGUCAUCUUGGCGGAGAUCUCCUCCGCCGUCUCAGAUGUGUCUUCGGAAUAAGGAUAAAAACAAUACGUUACAGGCAAGGAAGUGUUUGUUUAACUGUAAACAAUUUUACAAUAGUGGCGAAGUCAAAAGAAAUUGUUUUUCCAAACCCGCUAGGAACUGUUCUAUAUUAUCUCCUCUUGGGGAGAAUCAUCCUGUCACAUCGCGAGUUAAUCGCCAGAAAUCCAAAAUCAUUAAAAGACACGAGAGACGUCGAAGCCGGAUUUUCAGAACCGAACCCAAAUGGAACAACAAUUACUCCGAAUUAUUACACGAUCCAAAAUUAAAUUACAAAUGCAAAGUCAUUUGUAAGAAACUCGAAGAUGACAAUAAUUAACGGUCACAGUGUAUUUAUGUCAAAAAUUUAUAGGAAGCAAAGUGUUAGUCUCAGCAUACAAAGUGAGUAUAUUUAGAAAACUUUUUUUAUGGAUAACUUCACUUUUUCAUCUUAUAUUGAAAUGAAGAAAAUAGUACACAGUAGAAUCUACUUAUUGUAAUUAUUUUGAAAUUUGCCUCGGAAUUUGAUGAUAAGCGAGAGGUCACAAUGACGAGAUCAUAUUAAGGAAUCUUCAAGGAGUAAAUAUCUUUCUACAGUAUUACAUUUUAUAAGAGGGAUUUCUUUUGAUUUGCUUGCUUUAAAGCAAAUAGAAUUGUCUCUAUGCAAAUCUAACUUCUGGCAGAUGUGUACAGUGUUUCAGAACAGAAGACAAGAACCAUUUUUUGUAUGAAAUCACUUCCUAUAGUAUUUAUAAAAACGAUAAUUUUUGCGUUUAACAACAGAGUUGUGUCGUGAAUCAAAAAUCUUUGUGUUUCACAAUAAACAAUUCUUCGAAGAUAUCAUUUAGAGUAGCAACCUUUUUGUUAUUUGCACGAACUCCUGCACUAAGUCAUUCUGCUAAUACAGCAUUGUCAUAUUGUAUUGAUUUUAACAUCUUAGUAUAGAUGCACCCACCGUCUCAUGGUUGCAUGACUGCACUGUGAUUGUAGAACGAGCCAAUUUUAACAGGAUUUCAGCAUUUUAAAAGAUUGAAGUAUUCGUUUGAUGUGCUAAUAUUCAGGUAUGAAUGUUACUGAUUCAGGUAAGAAGUUACAAAGAUAUUUAUUCCAUUGUAUUGAACUAAUGUGCAUCUUUAAAUUACCUCAAACGUACAAAACUCAACCGGUACUCUCCAUUCGGUGAUAUAUUCGAUGAUAACCCACCAAAAUAUAUAAGCAGAGUUUUAUAAAUUGAUCUCAUUGUGAGGGAUUUUAAAUCUGUUUCACUUCUGU